AGAGUAUAUUGUCACUGCGACGGUAUAGGAGACACCGUUUAGGCAACUGUCAUUUUACAAGUUCGGCGAAGAGAAGUGGAGGAUAAUAAAGUAUCAAUCUCAACUGUAUUUUGGGAAUAAAUGCAGUACGAGGAGUCGUCCUGCGGUUGAAGAUACUCGAGGAACGUGGCAUACAUCUGGAAAAGGUACUGACAGGGUUUACCUUUCACUUAAUGCUAUUGAUUGUGUGUCAACAUUGAUCUGGGCAAUGAAUUGGGCGUUUGGAUUGAUUGACAGAGUCGAUGGUAACAUGAUGGCGCAUGGUUCUCAAAAUUAUGGGUCAACAGACCAGAGGACAGACGUACCUGAUGUGGGGUUCAGUCCAACUGAACUCUACAGCCUCAGUGAGAAUAUAACAACAAAUAUAUAUACAAUAAAUACUAGUUGGAAAACAUUGGAGAGAGCUUUCAAGAACAUAGGGACUAGUAAAGAUAAUCAGGGGCUCAGGGACAAGGUGCACGUUACCCAGAUGAGUACAAAUCAAGUGGUCACCCAAACGAGUAAAGACAUUGCAAGACUGACUGUUCUGAUGCGACGUGGUGAUAAACAGCAGAAGUUACAGAUUGAGAAACUAACGACAGACUUUAAAGAGGCACUACGAAGAUAUUCAGACAUGCAAAAGACUUUAGCUGACAAAUGUAAGAGGCAUAUUUUACCUUCCACUAAUCUCAUGGAUAGCCAGGAGGAUAGUGAUGGUGAACGUCAGGGCCUCAUGCAAGCGUAUAUGGAUGAUGAGAAAAAAGCCGAGUUGAGAACUCUUGAAUUCGAGCAGGGCCUGGUACUCGAACGAGAGGAUAGGAUAAAGCAAAUUGAGGGUGAUAUCCUCGACGUUAAUCAGAUAAUGAGGGAGUUGGGUGCAUUGGUAUAUCAACAGGGGGAUGCCAUUGAUACCAUUGAAAGCAACAUUGAAAAUGUUCAUGGAAAUGCUGAACUUGGGGCGCAGGAGCUCGUGAAGGCCAGUAAUUAUCAGAGUAAAUUCAGACGGAAAAUUUGCAUCCUUCUCAUUAUAGCUGUUAUCGUUCUCAUUAUACUGACCAUCAUUCUAGUCACGAAAUUGAGUUAGCGCUUCCAGCCACUGUAGAUUACAUUUCGUUGAAGCGAAUCUGGGGCUAUCUCAAUCACCUUUCCUAUUUUUAUUGCUAGGAAAUGAAGAAAAAAUACCUACGUCUAUUUGUUUUAAAUUUAAAAUUCUGAAACGCACAAAUCGAGUAAACUUGAUAAAUUGUUUUUCAUUGUAUAGAAUUUAAGUAGGGCGAUUCGUUAUUGUCAGUUAUCGAUAGUGAGAAAUUUAAUUAAAUAAUUACGAGGGUGUGUGUUUGCUCAGUUGAGUAUGAUAAUCGAUUGAGCCAACUCAGUUUAAUUGAAGACUCAACCCGAGUCUUAACUGAAUAAUUGUUAGGCAUUCCAAAAUAAAAGGAAGAUAAAACAAAUUGAAAAUUAAAUCAUCAACUACCACCUAUCAUAAACUAUUACCUUAAUAUUGUAUAUACCGCUAAUGAAUUAUCGUUCUCGAGAGAUACGAAGUAUCAUUGUAACACAUUGCGUUAGGUAACUGUUAACUUGUACGCGAAAUCAAAGUGAUAAUGUAAUUAAACUACAAAAUAUCAAAACAGAAAAUUUUAAAACCUACAUAUAUUAAAAAUUAUACUUGCUGUA